UUCGGGUAUUGCCUCUAAAGUAUUUUUUCGACUCUUGACAGCUAUAAGAUUUUUCAGUAAACUUUGAAAUUUGGGAGUCUUUAAUUUUUAACCCAUCAUCAAGUUUAAUCCCCGUAUUUAUUUACCACCCACAUUUUCUUUUUAGUAUCGCCUGAGGCCUUUCAAAUUUCGCCUCUCAAAUAUUUUUUUCGUCUCUUGGCAGCUAUAAAAUUUUUCAGUAAGCUUUGAUACUUGGGAUUUUUAAUUUGUAAUUUUUCAAUUUUUAACAUAAAUUUGAACAAAACGUUGUUGAGUAUAACCAACAUCGAGUUUAAUCUCCGGCUUUAUUUAUUCACCACACACACAUUUUCUUUUCUAAUUUUGUUUUCAGAUUUAUUUUUUAAUUAGAAUUUAGUGUUUAUAUAGUAUAUGUCAACAAUAAUCAUUCGCCUCCAAAAUUUGCCGCUUAGCGCCAAAGCAGCGGACAUUCGGGAAUUUUUCGGUGAUUUAAAAAUCCCUAAAGGAUCAGUUAAUAUUGUUGGAGGGCAUUUGGGGGAUGCUUUUAUUGGCUUCGCUUCAGACGAAGAUGCGAGACUUGCAAUGUUAUUAGACGGCAGAUUGUUGCAUAAUUCAAAAAUUCGUUUAAUGCUUUCUUCAAAACGAGAAAUGGAACAGGUUAUUUCGAAUGCCCAAGCAUUUGCUGGUAAAGGACCGUCAAUGAAUCAAACAGAAAAUAGUCAAAAUACUUUUUCUCCGCCUGAUCCGUCGCAAAAGGAGUCGACAGUGAAAUUGGAAGCAUUUAAAUCUCUCAUCGACUUUUAA